AUGAAGACGUUGGUGAUCCUCGUCUGUGCUGCAAUAGCAGCAGCAGCACCUCCAGCACAACGAGCUGUCUCAAGCCCUCAAGGAAUCCAAAUUGUGCAGUAUGACUCGGAUAACGAUGGACUUGGAAACUAUAAUUACAACUUUGAACUAAGCGAUGGCACUAAGAGGGAUGAACAAGGGGAACUAAGGAAUGCUGGCGCUGAAAACGAAUUCAUUGCAGUAAGAGGAUCCUACAGCUGGGUUGACCCCGAUGGCGUUUCUAAAACUGUCUUAUACAUAGCCGACGAUAAAGGCUUCCAACCAAUGGUUGAACAAGGACCAGGUGGCCCUGUACCUAUUGCAGUAAUAAAGGCUUUACUGAACCAAUAAAUUGCUUGGUAAUCAAAAACGGAGCUAUUGAAAUGAUAUAAAUAUUUUAAUAGCUCCGAAGUAUUUAUACGUGGAUUACAAUAAACAGUCUAUAAAAAUAUCUGCCUCAUUUACUAACGUCACUCACAAAUUUUUAUUAUUUUCCAUGCAAAGGAUACAAUUUAGAUGCGAUCACGUGAUAUAUACGUGGGCAAAGCAGCGGUAUAUACUUAACCUUUAAGCUUGAUUCGAUGUUUAAACUAUUCGUGUUAUACU